AUGGCUUCUCUGGAGCUUCUUUACAUAGAUAAAGAAGGCAAGCAAUCCGAUCCAGCGAGCAGCGUUGACUGGACUUUAAAUCCGCUGCAUAUUCAUAAGUCAAGCAGUUCAGCCGGAAAGGCAAUUUCCAGAGAGCACCAGUGCAAUUCGCCUCAGAGGGCAUCUGCUUGCGAAGGACAAUGUAAUUCAGCACCAAGGACGGCUCCCCAGAAAGGGGGGUUACUCGGCACGCACAACCAGCCGGCCCUUGAAAGAGAGGUCAAAGUGUGCUGCGACGAGGAAUUGGAGACCUCUUUCACGUACGUCGACGAAAAUGUCAACCUGCAGCGGCUCAGUCCACAGCUGUCGGGAAAAAGUCCCCAUGGACCCUCGUGCCACAGCUCGUCCAGCGAGAUUCGCCCGGAAGGUUUCCAGGAACUCUCACUGAUGUCCGAGGACGAGCUCGCCUCGGACGCCUCGGGAAAAUCAGUGGACUAUGGGUUUAUUAGUGCGGUCACGUUCCUGGUGACCGGAAUCUCGCUCGUGGCCGUCUCCUACGCGGUCCCACGUGACGUCAAAGUGAACCCGGACAGCGUGUCCGCAAGGGAGAUGGAGCGGCUGGAGAACGAGAGCGCCAGAAUUGGAGCGCACUUGGACAGGUGUGUGAUCGCGGGGCUCUGUCUCCUCACGCUGGGCGGGGUGGUGCUGUCCACGCUGCUGAUGAUAUCCAUGUGGAAAGGGGAAAUGUACAGGAGGAAGGCUUUUGCCUACUCGAAGCAAUCUGCAAAAUUGUACGGUUCUAUCAAUUUGAGAAUGCGAUCAAGUCCGUCUCGGGCUCCCUCACGCGUGUCUGUCGAUGAGGAAGACGCUGACACCGUAAAUUAAAAUGUUCUGUCCGCCACAUACAUUGGCCUAUG